AUGAGGGAACCAGAACCGCCUCGCCAAUGCAGGGUGACGGGAGGUCUUGGAUGUCUGGUCCCUGGAGAAAUGGAUGGGACAGGACCUGUUGAUUUCUCUUUAAUCUGUCAGGAGGUGGAGGAAAAAAUGGGCUGCCAACAGUCUCUUCAAGGAUCAGACGUGUCCAAAGUCCGCACCAUUUACCUCAAUGAGCCCAUUAGGAACAACUUCUGCAAAAACUCCAUCAGUACAGCCAAGUACAGCAUAUGGUCAUUCCUCCCUCGAUAUCUGUAUCUGCAGUUUAGCAAAGCUGCUAAUGCUUUCUUCCUGUUCAUUACUAUAUUGCAGCAAAUUCCAGAUGUGUCUCCAACGGGAAAAUAUACAACUCUCUUGCCUUUGAUGAUUAUACUUACCAUUUCAGGCAUCAAAGAGAUUGUAGAAGAUUAUAAACGACAUAUGGCAGACAGAUUAGUCAACACAAAGAACACAAUAGUGUUCAGAGAGAAUGAAUGGCAAGUGAUUAUGUGGAAAGAGGUCAAGGUGGGUGACAUUGUGAAGGCCUCAAAUGGACAGUUCCUUCCUGCAGACAUGGUUCUGAUUUCUUCCAGUGAACCUGAGGCAACAUGUUAUGUUGCAACAUCUAAUCUGGAUGGGGAGACAAACCUAAAAAUACGGCAGGCUUUGUUAGAAACAGCUGAAAUGCAAACAGAACAAUUGUCAAGCCUCUCUGGAAAAAUAGAAUGUGAAGGACCUAAUCGUCAUUUCAAUACCUUCAUUGGAACCUUGUAUCUAAAUGGUAAAAGCCCUGUUGCAGUAGGGCCUGAUCAGGUCUUGCUAAGAGGUACACAACUUAAAAAUACCCGGUGGAUCCUUGGCAUAGUUGUUUACACUGGAUCUGAAACCAAAUUCAUGCAGAAUUCCAUCAAAUUGCCUCUCAAGAGAUCGACUGUUGAGAAGGUGACCAACGUGCAGAUCCUGGUGUUGUUCCUGCUGCUUCUGGCCAUGUCCUUGGUGAGCUGUGUGGGAGCCAUACUCUGGAAGGAAGGGCAUGGAGGAGACAUUUGGUACAUCGGGGCGAAGGAUUACAGCUCCCACAGCUUAGGGUUUGACAUAUUGGUGUUCAUCAUCUUGUAUCACAAUCUCAUCCCCAUUAGCCUGCUGGUCACUCUGGAAAUUGUGAAAUAUAUUCAGGCCCUGUUUAUAAACUGGGAUGAAGAUAUGCAUUAUGAAGGAAAUAACGUCUAUGCCGUGGCCAGAACGUCCAAUCUUAACGAAGAGCUUGGGCAGGUAAAAUAUUUAUUUUCUGAUAAAACAGGAACACUCACUUGCAAUAUUAUGACAUUGAAGAAGUGUACCAUUGCAGGUAUAAUUUAUGGGCAGUUCCCAGAAAUCUCCCGUAAAUCUUCUCUGUUCUUCCUCAGUGCAUCACCGUCUGCCAUCACAGAAUCCGGUGGAUUUAAUGACCCAACAUUGUUGCAGAACUUUGAGAAUGGCCACCCCACGAGAGAUUACAUAAAGGAGUUUCUCACCCUGUUAUGUGUGUGUCACACUGUUGUUCCUGAGAGAGACGGAGGUAAUACAACCUACCAGGCUUCCUCCCCAGAUGAAGCAGCUUUAGUGAAAGGAAUGAAGAAACUUGGCUUUGUUUUCACUACAAGAACGCCAUCCUCUGUCACCAUAAAUGCUAUGGGAGAAAACUUCACAUUUGAAAUUCUUAACAUCCUGGAGUUUUCUAGUAAUAGAAAAAGGAUGUCUGUAAUUGUCCGAACUCCUACAGGAAAGCUCCGGCUGUACUGCAAAGGGGCUGAUACAGUGAUUUAUGAGAGACUUUCAGAUGACUCUCUCUUUGUGAAGGAGACAUUAACCCAUCUGGAAUAUUUUGCCAAAGAAGGACUGAGAACUCUCUGUAUUGCCUAUACAGAUUUAACGGAGAAACAAUAUCAACAGUGGUUGAUGGAGUAUAAAAAAGCAAGUGCAGUUAUACAGGACAGAAGGCAGAGUUUGGAAGAAUGUUACGAUCAUAUCGAAAAGGAAUUUCUGCUGCUUGGUGCCACAGCCAUUGAAGAUCACCUUCAAGCACGUGUUCCAGAAACGAUAACAACUUUACUGAACGCAAACAUAAAAAUAUGGGUCCUGACAGGAGAUAAACAAGAAACUGCAAUUAACAUAGCAUAUUCCUGUAAACUGUUAUCAACUAAAAUGCCAUGUAUUCGAUUGAAUUCAAACUCACUCGAGGCAACACAACAAGCAGUUAAUCAGAACUGUCAAGAUCUUGGAGUCCUGUUAGGUGAAGAAAAUGACCUGGCCCUCAUCAUUGAUGGUGAAACACUGAAGUACGCCUUCCAUCCUGAAGUUAAGAGGAGCUUUGUCAACUUGGCCCUCUCAUGCAGAGCAGUAUUAUGUUGUAGGUUAUCUCCCCUCCAGAAGGCAGAAAUAGUCAACGUGGUUAAGAAGCACGUAGGGGCCAUCACUCUUGCCAUCGGGGAUGGUGCCAAUGACGUUGGGAUGAUCCAGAUGGCCCACGUGGGUGUGGGAAUCAGUGGGAACGAGGGCAUGCAGGCCACCAACAACUCAGAUUUUGCCAUUGCACAGUUUAGCUACUUGGAGAAGCUUCUGUUGGUUCAUGGAGCUUGGAAUUAUUUUCGAGUGACAAAAUGCAUAUUAUAUUGUUUCUACAAAAAUGUCGUGUUAUAUGUUAUUGAGCUUUGGUUCGCCUUUGUUAAUGGAUUUUCUGGGCAGAUUAUAUUUGAACGCUGGUGCAUCGGCUUGUACAAUGUGAUUUUCACUUCAUUACCACCUCUUACUCUGGGAAUCUUUGAACAGUGUUGCAGUGAGAAGAGCCUGCUGAGGUGCCCACAACUCUAUAGGAUUUCUCAGGCAGGGAAAAUUUUCAACACAAAGGUAUUUUGGUUUCAAUGCAUAAAUGCUUUGGUCCAUUCCUUCAUUCUCUUCUGGUUGCCCAUGAAAAUGCUGGAGCAUGAUAUGGUCUUACAAGGGGGUUACACUACAGACUAUUUGUUUCUUGGAAAUUUCAUUUAUACGUAUGUAGUUGUUACUGUUUGUCUGAAAGCUGGUUUAGAGACACUAUCUUGGAAUAAAUUUAAUCAUCUUGCAAUUUGGGGAAGCAUAAUUAUAUGGCUGGUGUUUUUUGCAAUUUACUCUUUCUUAUGGCCUACCAUUCCUGUUGCUCCUGAAAUGACAGGACAGGCCCUCAGCAAUGCAGAGACCAAACCCUGCCCAGUGUGUCCACAGCAGGCAAAGGAGGUCACUGUAGCUGGUGGGGCUAAAGGCAAAUGUGGCCCAGCCAUAACAGUAGGGUUCAGGCAGCCCAGACGGGAGAUACUUCUGGAACACCUAGUUCUGGUGACCAGGGAACGCUGUCAGUGUGGUCCUGGUUUGUCCACACUUCUGGCUGGGUUUCUUCAUAGUCCCUAUUGUGUGCCUGAUUCUAAAUCUACUAUGGACAUCCUCACCAUUCUUUUCUCCAUUUCAGAAGUUAAACUCUUAUGGGUAAAAAAACGUCAGAAUGAAGUAGUCAUCUUUUGCCCUGUGGCAUCUGAAAACUUCCUGGAUGGUCCUCUCCUAUUAGGCAAUAAGGGAUUGACUCGUCCAGAGUCACGGCCCCUGCAACUUAGACACACACCCAGAUCUACAGACUUGCACGGAGAGUCGGCAGUGUUCGGGGCGGCUGCAGCACCCCCUCUGGUAACGCCUCGUAGCUGCUGGGAAAGCAAGACUCUGGUUUCGCUCAGAGGCUGGGCACAAUGCAUCGCAUCUCAUCGUACAGCCUGUAGGAUUAGAAAUACCUGCAACGGAACGUUCCUAGAAGAAGUUCGUAAGAUGGAAAGAGGCAGAGUUCAAGAACUUCAUCUUCCAACAGCGUUUGAAAAGAGCGUGAAGACAGAACACCUCCAACAGCCUCUGUCCAGCCAGCUGCACAAGGUGGUCUUCCAGGAUGAAUCUGUUGAUCGAAGCGCCCCACGUGAGUAUCGGUGCCGUAAAGCAGGCCGCAAAGCUGAGACUCCACCUACGGACAAGGAGGAGGAGUAA